CUGAACAGGCAUCCAGCGAUGGGAAUGGACAAGGGGGGAGGCUGAGCUGAAGACGACAUGUUGACGUGCAAAAAUGAAAACAGCGGCUGGUGUUGAUCAGGAGGAGGAAGGCUGUUAAUUCAAAGCAUGCUGCUCAUCUACGUUGGGCGCAGAUAGAAACAAUAUGUUGCUUUGCACAGUGCUCUGGCCACUCUAGUAGGGUCAGAAGGCUUCACCUGCAGCAGUGAAGGGUCCUCCCUGCGUGGGUGUCACUGUCUCCGCAACAUGGAUGCACAGCACUGCAAAACAAAUGGCGACCCUUUCCAGGAAUCUAUGUACAUUGAAGAGUCCUCAAAUAAAAAUGGUGUGAUUUCUUUGAUUUUCUCUCUGAAAGAAGAAGUUGGGGCAUUGGCUAAAGUUCUGCGCACAUUUGAGGAAAAAGAUAUAAACCUGACCCACAUUGAAUCCCGACCUUCCCGUCUCAACAAAGAUGAGUAUGAAUUCUUCAUUAACUUGGAAGGCAAGAAUGUCCCAGCGCUGGACAAGAUCAUCAAGUCCUUGAGAAAUGAUAUUGGGGCAACAGUCCACGAGCUUUCACGAACAAAGAAGAAGGACACUGUGCCAUGGUUCCCAAGAAGUAUCCAGGAGCUGGACAGGUUUGCCAAUCAGAUCCUAAGCUAUGGAGCAGAAUUGGAUGCUGAUCAUCCUGGGUUCAAAGACCCUGUGUACCGGGCCCGGAGGAAGGAGUUUGCAGAUAUCGCCUACAACUACAGACAUGGCCAACCUAUUCCUCGAGUCACCUACACAGAAGAAGAAAAGAAAACAUGGGGCACUGUCUUCAGGGAGCUGAAGAGUCUUUAUCCAACUCAUGCUUGUUAUGAGCACAACCAUGUAUUCCCACUGCUGGAGAAGUACUGUGGCUACCGGGAGGACAACAUUCCCCAGCUUGAAGAUAUUUCAAAAUUUUUGCAGACCUGCACUGGAUUUCGCCUGCGUCCCGUUGCAGGCUUACUCUCCUCUCGGGAUUUCUUGGCUGGGCUGGCAUUCAGAGUAUUCCACUCUACACAGUAUAUUCGCCAUGCAUCCAAACCCAUGUACACACCAGAGCCUGAUAUUUGUCAUGAGCUGCUAGGACAUGUACCUCUGUUUGCCGAUCCCAGUUUUGCUCAGUUUUCCCAGGAAAUUGGACUGGCAUCUUUGGGAGCUCCAGAUGAUUUCAUCGAGAAACUCGCUACGGUUUAUUGGUUUACAGUGGAAUUUGGACUAUGUAAGGAAGGUGAUUCCCUCAAGGCGUAUGGUGCAGGGCUGCUGUCUUCGUUUGGGGAGCUGCAGUAUAGUUUAUCAAGUAAGCCUGAGAUUCAGCCUCUUGUCCUGGAGAAGACUGCUGUGCAGAAGUACCCUGUUACUGAGUUCCAGCCUGUCUACUAUGUUGCUGAAAGUUUUAAAGAUGCAAAAGAAAAGUUAAGGAAAUUUGCUCAAACAAUCCCUCGUCCUUUCUCUGUUCGGUACAAUCCCUACACCCAGAGGAUUGAAGUCUUGGACAAUGCAAAGCAGCUGAAGAACUUAGCUGACACUAUCAACAGUGAGAUGGGGAUCCUUUGCAAUGCCCUCCAGAAGAUAAAAUGAGGAUUUGCUGUAGCUUGCUAAUCACUGGCUGCUGAUUAGAAGCUGCCAUGUGCAAAUGUGUUUUCAUCUAGCCUCAGUCUUUCAUCUUCCUGUGUACUGCAUAAAUGCUUAUGUUAUAUAUCUUAAUUACUGUAGAUUAGCAGAGAAAUACAUGCCUUCAGGUGACCCUUGACUAUUUUGGCCUUCAGACACUAAUCCAUUUUUUCUCACUAAUACAUAAAAAUGACCUUAUUUCUAGGAAUCUGGGGAAAGCCUCCAUAUCUCUUGUGCCAAAGGUUAGCAGAAGGGGGAGAUCUUCACCAUGCAGAGCUAUAGUCUGCGGCAGCUGUGAGGUUGCAUUACUACUCUGGGCCCAGGGACAGGAUGGCAUGAUUAUGAAGACUCAUCUACUUUGCUUUCUCUCACAGUCAUUCUCCCCUCAGUCCCUCAUAUUUGUGCAAGGUUCCCAUGGAAUCCCAAACUCUACACCUUUCAGGGGGUCUACGUAUACUCCUUGGACCUCUGUACCUCUAUUUUAUACACAAUCACUUCUAUCCUGCAAUACAUUUUUUUCCUAAAAAUGUGAUGUCACCAUUGAUCCAAAGCACACAUGCUAGCAGAAAAGAUAGAAAGUGUGCUGCAGCCUUAUUAACAGAGUUAUCGCCAUAUAGAAAUAUACUGUACUUGGCACAAGUACCAAUCCCAAAAAGGUUUGUGCAAACCAAGAAUGCUUUAUGCUGUGAUGUGUCAUUGGUCUGCAGAGUGGAGUCCCUAAGCAAGGCACUGAGGCUGCUUACCCAGAGCGUGGAGUCUGUGUCUAAUACAGUACCCGCAAAAAAGCCCCUUCAACGGAGAGUUACCUAAAGGCAAGUCUGUGUGGCUUUUUGCAGUUGUAUGUGAGGUCAGUUUGUCAGUAAUUUGUGCAAGCAAGGAACCAUGCAGGUGCAUUAAAAAGGCAUCAAGGCCUUAUUAGUCCAGUCUCAGAGCCGUGCUGGCUGUAAUAUUGUGUAACCUCACGGGUUCAGAGCUGAUUCAGGAUCAGUCAGCUCACAGAAGGCGGAGACCUCUCUUAAGACGUACUCAGCUACUUACUGUGGAAGGUUGAUGUGUGAAAGCUACCUUGUGUUGCCUGUAUCCUUCUCUGAGAGUGCUUUAUUCAGCACUGCUACAAAGUAUCUCCAAACUUUCUGGAUUCACAAUCCAGAAGGUGGGUACCAACACCUUGGAAAUGGAGAAGUGCUUCUUACAAGGCAGCUGAAGAGAUCAAAGCCUUCCAACUCCUAACUCGCUGUGUCUAUCUGUGUCUAGAGCCCGCAUGAAAGCUAUGGGAGACCUGGGUUAGCUGUGUCCCAGUCUGAGUGCAUUCAAAUCCAAACAUGAUAUCUUUCAAGACAGCUCCUGACACUUUUUGGAGUCUUCUUCCUUCUCCCACUUGAGCUUUAAUCUUAAUUUUUCAAUGAAAGCAGUUUUAUUCUUUCUGGACUAUAGCUUGACUGAGGGAGCAAAUGGAAACAAGGGUGAUUCCAACUUAACCCAACAGCUUAGCCAUGUAGAAGAGCUUUGCUGUUCAAGAAGCUAUUUCUGUGUUUUAUCCAAUAACUUCCACUCAAAGUAGUUAAAUGCCCUCUUGGACUGGUCCACAUUGUGUAAUGCCUCCCUGUAGCUCACUAGUUGAAGGAGGAAGGAGAUCAGCACUUGUCCAUUAGAGCAGAAUGGAGCAAAGCAAAUCAGAACACUAUUUCCACCUUGAAACAAUUCUGUAUCAUGAUACUAACAUGAUUCAGGAGUCACAUUUCUGUUAGAAGAUCCAAAGGUGGAGAAGGAUUUGAAAGUCCAUGGGUCUCACGCCUGAUAUUGUACUACUCUUGUAUUUAUAGUUUGAAAAUCAAUGGAGCUUUAAUGUAAGCAUCAUCCUUUAGGAAGAUAGAAAGUACAGCUGUUUCCAUUAUAUUUAUAUGGCCCAUAACAUUAGUCUAAGGAUACCAGCCGGAACCCUUCUCAAUAGACAUAUACUUAUGCAAAAUGGUAUCAUUUUGGUGCUUUGAAGUAAGCUUUUUUGAUUUCUGUAUCUUUUUUCUUCCUUUUUUUUUCUCAUGACAAUGCCUGUGUGUAUCUUUCAAUCCUGCUUGGCAUGUAUUUUCAGUGUGAAAGUAGCCCAUAUUUUUCUCUCUUAAUAUAAUAGGACACAUGAGGUAACUGUGUACCACAAAGAGACAAAUUCAUCCCAAGCGUGAAGUCUUUCAAACCAAUCCUCAGACAGCUUUCCAAGCUCCUUUGUUUCUGGCUCGUUAUGAGUGACAGCAGCAGUAGAUCUAUAAUGAUACUGAGAACCCAUGAUUCACAGUUGUCUUUUAUGUACAAGUGGAAUGGUUAGUGUUGAUGUCACAUGUGUGAUUCUGUGUCCCUUAAUGGAAGUUUAAAUAAGCAGUAUCUCCAGCCAAAGCAGCAUAACAUAGCUGUUCAGCAAGCUUUUCAUCAAGAGAUGAGAAAAAGUUAAAUUCUUAGUAUUUUAAAAGAAGAGAAAACAUAUCAAAAGUAGAUUUUCUUGCAGAACAAAUUAGCUUGUGCAUAUAUACAUUAAAUAGCACAAAUAAGUUGAAUUUUAAAUAGUACUUCUUAAUGGGUGACUUAUUUCCAUGCUUAAAUAAAAUGAAAGUUGUGUAGAAAAAUGUUUUUUGCACUAUCUGGCCAGUGCAACUCCUCUUUGUAAGGUAACUGCACGAGUCAGUCAGAAUUAAAUUCCCCCAGGUAAGAGGGAAUGCCCAUUUGAGAUGUGUUCUAAAUCAAAAAAGGCUCUCUCGAGUUGGUUGACUAUCACUCAUCCAGGCAAAGUAAUGAAAAAAAUCCCCAUAUUCUUGAUGUGUGUAAUUACCUAGAAACGAUCAGCAAAGCCUUGCUUGUUCUACCUUUGCAUACUCUAUAUGUCUUUGUAUGUUACUCUGACUAACCUAUCCCAAGCUACUCUUUUAAGUAACCUUCCUCUCUUCUACCCCACUAUGAUCAGUGUCCCCAUCUCCAGCUCUGUUUCAGGUGAUCAAAGAAGCUCUUUCAUGAGAUCCUUUUCCUUUUCAGUGACCUUGGCCAGGGUCAGUGAUGGUGUGGAGGGAGGGCUUGUCCGCACAGGUUACACAGGGAGGUGGUCUCCUCUGGGUGUCUUAAGAUGCCUAGAACUGACAUCAGCCUUGGAGAAGGGACGCUUUAUUCCCCAGAGGAUGCAGAAAUUAUUGAAAGAGGAGUGAAGCACAGGACGACUCCACAGGAGUGCAUUCUUUAAAAGCCUGUUUCUUUGCUAUUUCAAACCAUGCUAGCAGUUGGCAGAGAAGACUUUUUUGAUGUUCAACUGAAACCAUUUAAAUUAACCUAAAUAAACAGAAAUAUUAAUGUCA